AUGUCAGUAGGAGCUGGGAAGGAGGGAGUGGGGCGAGCAGUUGGGCUUAGAGGCAGCAGAGGCUGCCAGACGCUAGAGGAAGACCCUUUUCUCGACUGCAGGGCUGGCUCACGCUUGGGACAAGGCGGUGGCAGGCACUGGAGGCUGCCGCAGCCUGCGUGGGUGGACGCUCUCAACUCCAGGGAGCAGGCGACCUGCACCGGCUGCAUGGAUCUGCAAGCCUCGUUGCUGUCCACUGGCCCCAACGCCAGCAACAUCUCCGAUGGCCAGGAUAAUCUCACGUUGGCCGGGUCACCUCCUCGAAAAGGGAGUGUCUCCUACAUCAACAUCAUUAUGCCUUCGGUGUUUGGCACCAUCUGUCUCCUGGGCAUUGUGGGAAACUCCACAGUCAUCUUCGCAGUGGUGAAAAAAUCCAAGCUACACUGGUGCAGCAACGUCCCGGACAUCUUCAUCAUCAACCUCUCGGUGGUGGAUCUGCUCUUCCUCCUGGGCAUGCCUUUCAUGAUCCACCAGCUCAUGGGCAAUGGGGUCUGGCACUUUGGGGAAACCAUGUGCACCCUCAUCACCGCCAUGGAUGCCAACAGUCAGUUCACCAGCACCUACAUCCUGACUGCUAUGGCCAUUGAUCGCUACUUGGCCACCGUCCACCCCAUCUCCUCCACCAAAUUCCGGAAGCCCUCUAUGGCCACCCUCGUGAUCUGCCUCCUGUGGGCUCUCUCUUUCAUCAGCAUCACCCCCGUGUGGCUCUAUGCCAGGCUCAUCCCCUUCCCAGGGGGUGCUGUGGGCUGUGGCAUCCGCCUGCCGAACCCCGACACUGACCUCUACUGGUUCACCCUAUACCAGUUUUUCCUGGCCUUUGCCCUGCCCUUUGUGGUCAUCACUGCUGCAUACGUGAAGAUACUGCAGCGUAUGACCUCUUCGGUGGCCCCAGCCUCUCAACGCAGCAUCCGGCUUAGGACAAAGAGGGUGACUCGCACAGCCAUCGCCAUCUGCCUGGUGUUCUUUGUGUGCUGGGCACCCUACUACGUGCUGCAGCUGACCCAGCUCUCCAUCAGCCGCCCCACCCUCACGUUUGUCUACUUGUACAAUGCGGCCAUCAGCUUGGGCUACGCCAACAGCUGCCUCAAUCCCUUUGUGUACAUAGUACUCUGCGAGACCUUUCGGAAACGCUUGGUCUUGUCCGUGAAGCCCGCGGCCCAGGGGCAGCUUCGUACAGUCAGCAAUGCUCAGACAGCUGAUGAGGACAGGACAGAGAGCAAAGGCACCUGACACUUCCCCUGUCACCUCCAAGGCAGGUCACCACACCAAACCUUGGGGAGAGAGACUGAGAUAAAUCCAAGGCUACCCUGGGAGAAGGCAGGGAGGCUGGAGGCUGAGGGCUUGUAGCUACCACAUUCCACAGGGCUCAUAAAUUGCUAGGGAGGCUUGCAGCCAGGUUUUGGUGGGGAGCUUCAAACCUCAGAAAUCCCCUUGGCAGAGCGAGAAGAAAAUGGUGAUUUGACUGGUCCACAGGGGGCUCUAUCGGUUAGCUCACAGACAUCUUCUUCCCAAGGGAAGAGGUUGAAGGUGCCUAGCUGCAAUCAGGCAGGUCUAGGAGGUGGACAGGGGUCAUACUGUGAGAUUGUUCAAGCUGAGCCUUCCCUCUCAUCUCUUACUGGUGUGAAAAAGGCAGCCUUUCUUCUAAGCUGCUGAUCAUCUAUGAAGCAUGCGGCCUCAGCUCCAGCAUCCCGUGUGGGUUUGACUCUCCGUGUAGGGGAUGCAUGUUUACACUGGGGUGGGGCUCUGAGCCCACAGGAGUUUAAAAAUCAAAAGAGCCCAAUGUGUUGGAAGAUCCAAUAACUGAGACUUGAUGAAGAGACUCGGGAUGAUGUGGAUCUCGAAUAAAAAUGAGGGCAAGGGGCUUCGGCAGUGACAGGACAUUCUCUUUCCAGGGCACAGUCCAUGGCUGAUCCAGAGUCAGCAUCCAUGUGUUCUGCAUGUGCAGGGGGUCACUCCAGUGCCUGAUGUCAGUGUCAUGUUAGUGCUUGUGCCUCUCACUCCCAAAUCAAAACGAAAUAAAGGCAAAUCUUGACCCAUGUCA